GGCACCGGCGAGCAGCCUCUGGCGGAGCAGCCCGCCGAGCCGCCGAAGGAGAACGGCGACGAGCAGGUCGAGAGGGAGAAGGAGUAUGCCCCGGAGGAAGAGAGGGCAAAGAAGAAGCCAAGAGAGCCGUCUCCGACCAGGUCUGGCACUUCUGGCACGUCGGGCACAGGCACGGAGACAACAGCCACUUCGACAACCGUCUCUACAGCAACCUCGCCGCUGACCACCAGCAUCGCUUCAUCGGUAGAGGCAGUGGGGCCCGAAGCCAGUCGGGCUACCAAGAAGAUUACAACGCUGGGAGCAAGUACGACAACACUGGCGCCUACCACUACCACGGAGCCAGCAACACUUACAACGAGCGCCUCUACCACGAGGAAGACGACGGUCCCGACCACCACCAAGAGUAUCAAGGUGGUCGCUGAAGGUCCAGCAGACGAGGGUGACGGGUCUGUCCAAUCUGGAGACGUAAUUUUUCUGAAGACCCACACUGGCUACUACGUGGACGCGCAAGGCGGCAAGGUCCGCGCUCGACAGAAGAAGCAGGGGGAGUGGCAGCGUAUGACUAUCACGAAAGAGGGAGGCGGGACAAUCUGGUCCGAAGACACCGUCUUCCUUCGGACCAAUACUGGGAAGAACCUCAACGUCGACG